UUUUUUUUUCCAGGCAUAAGAUAUUCCUGCUGAGCCAGACCCGAAGCCAUGGAAAAAUCCCCAUUAGGCUUAUGGAUGGAACACCGUUUGACUGGAGUUCCGGCUGGGGAGUAUAAACUAAAGUAGCGGCUUUUAAAUAUGCCCAGGGCUUUUAUUUCUGUUGUUCUGUGUCUGUACAUGAAUACAAGUUUAUAUGUAGGGGUAGUGUAGUUUCUGUACUGUAGCAGGAACAUCUGGUGGUGGCAGAUAUAAUAAAGGUUUUGGAUUUAGUUCUAAAAUGGUAGUAAGUGAGAAGAGAAAAUCUAGUUCGAGUUUCUAUCUAUAGGGCUUGUCAUCAGAAAUCCAUCUUUUUUUAAGCAAAUAUAGAGUGAGUAAGUAAAACUUACUAGUUAGCAGAGCAGCUCAGCUGUUCUGUGUCAAGGAAUAAAAUAUGGAAAUCAGGGAAAUAAAUCUGACAUUCAAAGAAAUGUUCAUUCAUACUUAGAGUUCUUUACCUCUUCCAUGUGUGAGCAGCAGAAAGGAUUGUCAGGCACUAGAAGGGGCUGCCCAGGGAGGUGGUGGAUUCCUUGUCCCUGGCUGGAUGUGGCACUCAGUGCCUGGUUUAGCUGACAAGGUGGGGUUGCUUCACAGGUUGGACUUGAUCUCAGAGGUUUUUCCCAUUCUAAAUGGUUCUAUGAUUCUGUGAAAGAGAGGGUCUGUGGCCAUAAAAAAACUUAAUGGGUUGGGGUGUGGUGUAUAGUGUGUGAGGAGGUGGUGAGAGAGGAGCUGGAGCUGAAGGGAGCAGUGCCAGGAGGCAGUGGAAGGGGUAUUUUGUCAAUAGACAAAAAGUGUGAAAGGCAGUGGACAGUGGUGGUUUGGUGGGCUGACAGGAGACAGAUGAGAUGCUUUUAGUGACAGCUGUUCCCUUCCAUUGGUGUCAGAAUUCCAGCUAAAGUCAAUGCUGCUGCUAAGAGAAGUAAAAUAGUUCAAUGGCAGUUGUCUUUCUUUGUAAAUUUGAGAUGUAAUUUAAUGUUUCUUUUAAAAGAUACCUCAAAGGAUAUCCAUAUGUGCUAUUUCAGUAACUCACUUAGAAAUAAUCUUUAUACAGUUUUGCAUGCAAUGAAGGGCAAUGCCAAGCUGAGAUGCUUGUGAAGUGCUAGGUUUGGCAAAGUAGUGUACCAGCUUAAUCUUCAAAAUGCACUGGCCUUGUUGAUUUCAGUAGAUCUGCUCAAUUAAAGCAGAUAAGAACUGGACAGUUCAGUUUGUAACUCCUAGUUUGACUGUAAAUGCCAUUAUAGGCUUAAGUGGAACAAGUCAGUUUUUACUGGUAUGGUUUGCACUUCAUUCACUUCUGGUUUCAUUCAGUUUAGAGACUGGCACAGCAUUAGUGGCUGUGGCAGAAGAGUGCAGCUCAUGACAAGUGAAGAUCUAAUUGGUUCCAUUUUUCAUCUCCAGCUGCUCCAUUUGUGUUGGAAGCCCUUUGAGGAUAUACUUGUAAUUUUGGUCAAUAAUAUUUUAGGGAACUACAGGAAGUACUGUAGGGAAGUACAAGAAAGGCCUGUUUUAAUGUUGAGGGUGAUCAAGUAUUGGAGAGGCUACCCAGAGCCACGGCUGAGUUUCUGUGCCUGGAGAUGCUCAGGCUGCCUGAACGAGGCCCUUGGCAACCUGCUUUGGCUGAGCCUGCUCCAUGCAGAAGCACGGGGCAGUGACCUUCAGUCAUCACUUCCAGCCUCAGCUGGUCUGUGAUUCUCUUUUAGUCCAGAGCUUUUCAGACUCCAUUGAAUUAGGAAUGGGAUCUCUUCAAACAUGUCUGCAUCUCUCCUGGUACACAGGAAAACUCUUGGAAUGGGUCUUUUCAAGCCUUGGCUCUGAGUUGAUUUUCAGUUCCAUAGGAUUUGUGAGCUCUCUAAGCACAGGGCUCAUUUAUUUCCAGGGUGUUGCUGCCGUCAGAUUCAACUGGCUUUGUGUGUAGAUUCAAUAGGAACAGUUUGGUUGUUGUGCAGUAAGCUGCUGCCACAUACUGUCUCAGUUGUUUGCUAAGGUCUGACCUGGUUUUGUUAAUGCAGAAAGACAGAGAGUGUCCCUGGAUGAAGAUGUUUUUGCAAAGAGUGUGAUACGGUACAGUGCUUCCAUUUUAAAUUCCAGGGCAGUGGUUAUUUUCCCAAUCAACAUUCUGCUUGCAGUGCUGAUCCUGCUGGUGUCUUUUACAGCUUAAUGUUGGACCAAAAUGUGUGAGUCAAUAGAGGCUGGCACAAGCUCUCAGUCGGAACACCAGGAGUAGACUUGUUUCUAUUAUCUUGCUGCUUGUGGGAUCCCCAAAUCAGACCUGGGCAGAGGUGCAGUAAUAGAGAUGUGGGCAGCCUUAAACUCAGCCUGUGCUGGUGGAUCACUGACUUAACAAGGGUUAUUCCCAGCUGCAAAUCACUUGAGUGAUUUACAUUCUUCCUUACCACUCUUCCACUUUUAAUCCAUUCUUCCCAAAAACUAUUUUUCAAAAUCUUUUGAGUUCCGUGAUCUUCUCAUGGCAUCUUGUUGCCAUGAUGGGUCAGCCUGUUAAGAACUCCAAAUCAAAUUUGCCACAUGAAUGUGCAUUUGAUGUUUUUUUUUUUAAUAAUGUUCUUUAAUGUUCAGGAAGAACUUGGAGAAGGUGGGAGUCUGUACACUUUGGUCACCAUGUCUGGAAUUGGCAAUAAACGGACGGCUGGAGAGCCUGGCCCCUCUGCACCUCCAGAGAAGAAGGCAGGGGUUGAAGAUCCGGGCACCACUGUGGAGACCAUUAAACUUGGUGGUGUUUCUUCAACGGAGGAGCUGGAUAUCCGGACCCUGCAGACCAAGAACCGGAAGCUCGCAGAGAUGCUGGACCAGCGCCAGGCCAUCGAAGAUGAGCUGCGGGAGCACAUUGAGAAGCUGGAGCGUCGGCAGGCCACUGAUGAUGCCUCUCUGCUGAUCAUCAACCGAUACUGGAAUCAGUUUGAUGAAAAUAUCCGCAUCAUCCUUAAACGCUUCGAUCUGGACCAGGGACUUGGAGACCUUUUGUCUGAAAGAAAAGCACUAGUGGUGCCAGAACCUGAGCCAGACUCUGACAGUAAUCAGGAGCGCAAAGAUGAGAGGGAACGAGGGGAAGGACUGGAGCCGGCAUUCUCCUUCCUGGCCACUCUAGCCAGCAGUACCAGUGAGGAGAUAGAGUCUCAGCUGCAGGAGCGUGUGGAGUCCUCCCGCCGAGCUGUUGCCCAGAUUGUCACAAUGUAUGACAAGCUGCAGGAGAAGGUGGAUGUGCUGUCUCACAAACUGAAUAGUGGAGAUAUUUCACUGAUGGAAGAAGCAGUAGUGGAGCUGAAUUCCUACCUGUCUCAUGAGAAUGGACGGCUGCAGGAACUAGCUGAUGUUCUUCAGGAGAAGCACAAAGUCAUGUCUCAGGAGUUCUCCAAGCUGCAAGAGAGGGUGGAGACAGCAGAAUCCCGGGUGUCUGUCCUGGAGACCAUGAUUGAUGACCUUCAGUGGGACAUUGACAAGAUCCGCAAGAGGGAGCAGAGGCUCAACCGGCACCUGGCCGAUGUCCUGGAGCGAGUAAAUUCCAAAGGCUACAAGGUGUAUGGAGCUGGUAGCAGCCUCUAUGGGGGAACAAUCACCAUUAAUGCCCGCAAGUUUGAAGAGAUGAAUGCAGAGCUGGAAGAGAAUAAAGAACUUGCUGGGAAUCGCCUUAAUGAAUUGGAGGAACUACGUCAAGAUCUUGAGGAAGUAACAACACAGAAUGAAAAGCUCAAGGUUGAGCUGCGGCGAGCAGUGGAAGAGGCUGUGAAGGAGACCCCGGAAUAUCGCUGCAUGCAGUCCCAGUUUUCUGUCUUGUAUAAUGAGAGUCUCCAGCUGAAGGCACACCUUGACGAGGCCCGCACGCUGCUCCACGGCACCCGUGCCACACACCAGCGCCAGGUGGAGCUGAUUGAGAGGGAUGAGGUCAGCCUUCACAAAAAGCUACGCACUGAGGUGAUUCAGCUGGAGGACACCCUGGCACAAGUCCGCAAAGAAUAUGAGAUGUUGAGGAUAGAGUUUGAACAAACACUUGCUGCCAAUGAGCAAGCAGGGCCAAUUAAUCGGGAGAUGCGUCACCUCAUCAGCAGCCUCCAGAAUCACAACCACCAGCUGAAGGGAGAGGUGUUGAGAUACAAGCGCAAACUGAGAGAGGCCCAGUCUGACCUGAGCAAGAUCCGCUCUCGCAGUGGCAGUGCUCUCCUCCAGUCCCAGUCCAGCACUGAAGACACAAAGGAGGAACCUACAGAGGUCAAGCAGGAGCCUGAUGAUCCUUCUGCCCAAGUGUCUGUUCCCAAGGCUCCUUCUGAAGAUGUUAAUGAAAUGAAGGCCAGGCGCGAUGAAGAGGAACGGGAGCGGGAGAGACGGGAAAGGGAGAGGGAACGAGAGAAGGAAAAGGAGAAGGAGAAAGAAAGAGAACGAGAGAAAGAGAAGGAAAAGGAACGAGAGCGGGAAAAGCAGAAGCAGAAGGAAUCUGAGAAGGAGAGAGAGUCCAAAGAGAAGGAGAAGGGGAAGCAUGAGGAUGGAAGAAAGAAGGAGGCUGAAGUGAUCAAGCAGCUGAAGGCUGAGCUCAAGAAGGCCCAGGAGAGCCAGAAGGAGAUGAAACUGUUGCUAGAUAUGUACCGCUCUGCCCCCAAAGAGCAGAGAGACAAAGUGCAGCUGAUGGCAGCUGAGAAGAAGGCAAAAGCUGAGCUUGAAGAACUGAGACAGAGGGUGAAAGAAUUGGAAGACAAGGAAAAAAAGGAGAGUAAAAAGAUGGCUGAUGAAGAUGCUCUCCGCAAGAUCCGAGCAGUGGAGGAACAGAUUGAAUAUUUACAGAAGAAGCUUGCCAUGGCUAAGCAGGAGGAAGAGGCCCUGCUUUCAGAAAUGGAUGUCACAGGCCAAGCCUUUGAAGAUAUGCAAGAGCAGAACAUCCGCCUGAUGCAGCAGCUGCGGGAGAAGGAUGAUGCCAACUUCAAGCUGAUGUCAGAACGUAUCAAGUCGAACCAGAUCCAUAAACUACUAAAAGAGGAAAAGGAGGAGCUGGCAGACCAAGUUUUGACACUGAAAACACAGGUGGAUGCUCAGCUGCAGGUUGUACGUAAGCUGGAGGAGAAGGAACACCUACUGCAGAGCAGUAUUGGAACAGGAGAGAAGGAGUUGGGUCUGCGAACACAGGCCCUGGAAAUGAACAAACGCAAGGCUAUGGAUGCAGCCCAGCUUGCAGAUGAUCUGAAGGCCCAGCUAGAGCUGGCUCAGAAGAAAUUACAUGAUUUUCAGGAGGAGAUUGUGGAAAAUAGAGUAACUAGAGAGAAAGAGAUGUUCAACUUCAAAAGGGCUGAGGAAGAUAUUUCUAGAUUGCGCAGGAAGCUGGAGACCACAAAGAAGCCUGACAUGGUUCCCAACUGUGAUGAGAUCCUGAUGGAAGAAAUUAAGGAUUACAAGGCCCGCCUGACGUGCCCGUGCUGCAACAUGCGCAAGAAGGACGCAGUGCUCACCAAGUGCUUCCAUGUUUUCUGCUUCGAGUGCGUGAAGACGCGCUACGACACCCGGCAGCGCAAGUGCCCCAAGUGCAACGCGGCCUUCGGGGCCAACGACUUCCACAGGAUCUACAUCGGCUGAGGCGCUCCCGGAGCCUCUGCUGUGCUGAGCUGCCUCCCUCCCCGCUGGCAGCUUCUGCCGCCUGAGCGCAGCAUCCUCUGGAGCUGCCUUCAGGGUCUUGAGAGAAGCGCACUCUGGAUCUUGCUUCCUUUCCUGGCCCUGGCCCUUUGGUCUUCCCUCAGUUUUUGUGUGCUCUUUGUGCCUGAGAGGAAAUUUCCCGUCCCUCGCUUUCACACUGCCAAGGUGGGAACAUGCAGCUGAAGUGCAGCCUUGGGAUGGAAGCUGAGCUGCAGCAGAGAUUAGUGAAAGCUUUAUUUGAAGGCUCUGCUUUGGAUGCUAAUUAAAUCCUAGCAAGGGAUGGCAUUGCUCACAGGAGCGAAGAGUUUCCCAAUUAGCAGGCUAAAUAGAGGCCAAGGGACUGAAUCUGUAGACUCAGUGGAGCAACUCCUUGUGUAUCUUCCUGAGCCAGGGCAAGAACCCUGAGGGCUGGUGCACUAGGAAACAUCCUCCAUAACCCCAAACAAACACAUCUGAAUAUCCAGAAGAGGAGAAAGGAAAGGUCGUGGAGACCCUUAGGAAAUAGCAUUCCACUGAUGAACCCUGGGUCAUGUGCUCACCUUCCCCUAGGCUGAGGCAUUGCUGUCACUGUCCUUCUAGAAAAGGACUUCUAGCAGUUCCUUUGCUGCAACUUCAUCACACAGAUUAAUCUUGUUAUGCAUAAAUUUUUAUUAAAGCUGUUGUUUGGUUUA